ACAAACUUUUGCUGCAGCUUCAAAUCAUCCCGUCCAGAGUCUGUUUGUUUUAAUCAUGUCUGUAGAAAUGUCUUCAGCUGAUAUUUAUGCAAAUGUGACGAAACUCAGAAAAGUGAAAAUUGUGGACAAUUCUUCUGAUCUGAUUUAUGAAAAUUACCAGAAACCCCAAAAAGAGGAGAAACUAAACGCUGUUGGACCUCCAGAACCUGCCACUAAUGUUUCAUACGGAGAAGCUGCUAAAUCCUCUGGUUGUUUUCUGCUGUGGUCGCUGACUCUCUGCCUCCUCCUGGUGGCCAGCAUCGGUAUCAUCAUCUGGUUCGGUGUAGAGCUGGUGAAACGGCAGGAAGAGCUCAGAGAACAGGUGGGGAAGGUGAGACGCCUGGAGAACCGAACAGAAGAACUAAAGGAGGAAAGAAGAAACUUUGAGAACCAGACGAAGCAGCUGAGCCUGGAGAAAAUCCUGCUGCAGGACGAAGUGCAGCAGCUCAGCAGACUGAAGGAAGCCAUCUUGGCUUCAGAAAACUUUCCAGUAAAAGAUUUCUGCCCUGAUAAACAGUGCCAGCCGUGCCAGACCAACUGGGUCCAGUUCCAGGGGAAGUGCUACCUGUUUUAUGAGGCUUAUUGUGAGACGUGGAGCAAAGCCCAGGAGUUCUGCCGCAGUAAAGCUGCUGAUCUGGUUCUUGUUGAUAAUCUCCAGGAACAGGAGUUCCUCAAAAAUCACCUGACGUCUUACAGCAGCUGCUGGUCGUCCUGCCAGUUCUACAGCGCAGGUUCAAAACCUUUCGGUUUCAUGUGUGUGUUUCAGUUGAAAAUUGUGUGUUUGUUUCAGGGGAAUCUGAUCCACAGCUGGAGCACAGCAGGAUAUUCUGACAGAAACAAAUUUAUAUGUGAGGGGGAAGUCAUGGUGUGGCCGAAAUAAUCACCACUGAUUCUUCCUCUUUACGUUCAAACAGCUUGUAAUUCAGAAAUGUUUGCUUGGAGAUGUAGAUGGAAGUAAAUCUGGUUAUUUUACCAGACAGAAACAAAAUUAAGGAAAACUUUAAAUCCAGUGAAAAUAUCUGAUUCUAAAACAAAAUUCUUGCUCAAAUUGUCUUUAUUUCAUUAUGGGAUGUGCAGUUUCCAGGC